CGAAGGGAAGGAGGAGGGAAGUAGGCCUUCAACAUGGCGGCUGUGGUACUGGUGGUGGCUACGGUGACGGUCUGGAUCCGGGCGGGUAGAGUUGGAAGAGGUGGUGUUUGCUCUCCCUAGGGGCAGCGGGAGCCCAGUGGAGACUGAGCCCGGGAGGCCGGGCGGUGCCAGCACCUUUUAGCUUUCGGGACGGCAGCGGCAUUCAGGUUCUAAAUGGCUUCUAAGAAGUUGGGUACAGAUUUUCAUGGGACUUUCAGUUACCUUGAUGAUGUCCCAUUUAAGAUAGGCGACAAAUUCAGAACACCAGCGAAAGUGGGUCUGCCUAUUGGCUUCUCCUUGCCUGACUGCUUACAGGUUGUCAGAGAGAUGCAGUAUGACUUCUCCUUGGAAAAGAAAACCAUUGAGUGGGCUGAAGAUAUUAAACUAAUCCAAGAAGCUCAACGGGAAGCAGAGCGGAAGGCUGAGGAAGCAGAAGCCAGAGUGAAUUCUAAGAGUGGUCCGGAGGGUGACAGCAAAGUGAACUUCUCCAAGACUCACAGUGCAGCCACCAUGCCGCCUCCUAUUAACCCCAUCCUUGCCAGCUUACAGCACAACAGCAUCCUCACUCCAACUCGGGUCAGCAGUAGUGCCACAAAGCAGAAAGUUCUCAGCCCACCCCACACAAAGGCAGAUUUCAAUCCUGCUGACUUCGAGUGUGAAGAGGACCCAUUUGAUAAUCUGGAGUUAAAAACCAUUGAUGAGAAGGAAGAGCUGAGAAACAUUCUGGUAGGAACCACUGGACCCAUAAUGGCUCAGUUACUGGACAGUAACCCGCCCAGGGGCAGCCCGGGCUCUGUGCUACAGGACGAGGAGGUCUUGGCGUCCUUGGAACAGGCAGCUUUAGACUUCAAGCCUCUUCACAAACCCAAUGGCUUUAUAACCUUACCACAGUUGGGCAACUGUGAAAAGAUGUCGCUGUCUUCCAAAGUGUCCCUCCCCCCUAUUCCUACAGUAAGCAAUAUCAAAUCUCUGUCCUUCCCCAAACUUGACUCUGAUGACAGCAAUCAGAAGACAGUCAACCUUGCGAGCACUUUCCAUAGCACAUCCUGCCUCCGAAGUGGCGCCUCCCGAAACCUCCUAAAGCCUUCCACCCAAAGCAGUGCCAGGGAGCCCAAUGGGGACCACACUCUUGGGCUUUCAGCUUUGAACUUGAACAGUGGCACAGAGAUGCCAACACUGACAUCCUCCCAGAUGCCUUCCCUGUCUAUCUUGUCUGUGUGUCCAGAAGAGUCGUCACCUCCAAAUACAUGUCCCACAGUAACCCCUCUAAAUUUCUCAGUGUCACAAGUGCCCAACAUGUCCUGCUGUCCCCAGGCCCAUCUGGAAUUGCAGGCACUGUCCCCGAGUGAGCGGCAGUGUGUAGAGACAGUAGUCAGCAUGGGCUACUCAUACGACUGUGUCCUGAGAGCCAUGAAGAAGAAAGGAGAGAAUAUUGAGCAGAUUCUCGACUAUCUCUUUGCACAUGGACAGCUUUGUGAGAAGGGUUUUGACCCUCUUUUAGUGGAAGAGGCUCUGGAAAUGCACCAGUGUUCAGAAGAGAAGAUGAUGGAGUUUCUUCAGUUAAUGAGCAAAUUCAAGGAAAUGGGCUUUGAACUGAAAGACAUUAAGGAAGUUUUGCUAUUACACAACAAUGACCAGGACAAUGCUCUGGAAGACCUCAUGGCCCGGGCUGGAGCCAGCUGACCAGGCCCUGCCACGGCCCUGCCACAGCACCACCAUUCCCCAAGGACGCCCUGCACAGCUCCCUUGUGGGAAGAUGGGACAUGCUCCAGAUUUCCUUUGGGGGUUAGGAGGUCAGAUGUGGAGGCAACACUUAUUAGUCUCUGUGAGCCCAGGCCUGAGCCGGGGAAAGUAGGAAGAUUUGGGCGUACUUAUGCCCUCUCCUGGUUCCUUCCAUAUUAAACAUUCUGUAUUUUGAGAAGUGUCCUUCCCACUUUGGCCUUUCAGAAAGAAUACUUGGUUCUUUCUGGGCUCUCUUAUGUUCUCAGCCAACACCUGGCCUGGCUACCAAGAAGAGUGGGAAGACAAGAAGGGCAGACAGCUGCUGCUCUGGGGCUAGAUGCUUUCCUCUCUGCUGCACCACUGGCGCCGGGCUCUGACCCAGGUGGAAUGCAACUGAGAGGUUCUUCCGGGGCCCGCCCUCCCCCACAACCCUUAGUGUUAACACUGGUUCUGGAAUGUCUCUGCGGUACAAAGAUGCACUUUUCCUCAUGGGGCAAAGUCUGCCUCUUCUGCCAGGCAGUUCCCAUGUGCCCCUGUUCAGACUGUUUCUUUUGGCUUAGACCAUAAUCCUCUGCUGCCCAGGGCAUUGGAGCCCCUGUGCUAGGAAGCUGUCAGUUUGAGUCAUCAUUGGCCCCUUCUGAGCACAUGGGUGAGAAAACAGGCCACGGCUUGUCACGCAGCACUAACCCCCCAGUUCUCACACAGCCUCCUCCAGCCCUGCUUUAGGAUGACACAAUGAGUAACACCUAGGCAUAGGAACCAGUCUCUUUGGUUUGUUUGUAUUAUGUUCUACAACAUUAAAGAUCUAAAUACAAAAGAUAUAAUACAGUCUUGAAUCUAAAGUAAUUUGCUAACUAUUUUGAUUCUUCAGAGAACUACUAAUAAAAAUCUAAAAGGUA